CGUUUGUUUUCUUCGCUCUUCACACAAAAGCGGCCCGACUCUUCGUAUUUGCUCUCUCAAUUUCUCUUCAUUUUUAUUUAGCGUUUUGUUAUUUGAGUCAUAGAGAGAUGACUGUUAUCAUCGAGCAGCCUCAGAAUGAUGUGGGGAGGGAGGAGACCAAAUUCCCCAGCGAUCCAAAGGAGUUGAUUUUGGAUGGAGGGUUUGUGGUGCCUGAUGCAAAUGCGUUCGGCCAAACUUUUAGGGAUUAUGAAGCGGAAUCAGAGAGGCAAAAGUCAGUCGAAGAGUUCUACAGGAUGAAUCACAUUCACCAGUCGGUUGAAUUUGUGAAGAAAAUGAGAGAAGAGUACGGAAAAUUGAACAGAGUUGAGAUGAGCAUUUGGGAAUGCUGUGAGCUUCUCAACGAGUUCGUCGAUGAAAGCGAUCCUGAUCUUGAUGAACCUCAAAUUGAGCAUUUGUUACAGACUGCGGAGGCUAUUAGGAGAGACUAUCCUAAUGAAGACUGGCUUCAUCUGACUGGUCUUAUUCAUGAUCUUGGCAAGGUUUUGCUUCAUCCUAGCUUUGGAGAACUUCCACAAUGGGCAGUUGUAGGUGAUACAUUUCCGGUGGGAUGCGCUUAUGAUGAAUCAAAUGUUCACCGCAAGUUCUUUGAAGGCAAUCCAGACUACAAUAAUCCUGAAUACAGCACGAAAUGUGGGAUUUAUUCUGAAGGAUGUGGGCUUGACAAUGUGUUGAUGUCAUGGGGGCAUGAUGAUUAUAUGUACUUGGUGGCUAAGGAGAACAAAACUACUCUACCCUCAGCUGGCCUAUUCAUUAUUCGCUACCAUUCAUUCUAUCCUCUACACAAAUUUGGUGCGUACCAACAUCUGAUGAAUGAGGAGGACAAGGAGAACCUUAAGUGGCUACACAUAUUCAACAAAUAUGAUCUCUAUAGCAAGAGCAAAGUAAGAAUUGAUGUGGAGAAAGUGAAGCCAUAUUAUCUUUCUCUCAUUGAAAAGUACUUUCCUUCAAAGCUUAAAUGGUGAAAUAUUGGCUUAUCAUUGGUUUGAUGGUUUUAUGGAUCUGUGAUUGUUGAAAUAUGAUGCUAGAACUCUAUAUGUUGUGUCAUUUUGUUAAGUUUCAGAGGGAAACUUCAGUCAAUAAGCGCAUGGAAGUUGUAUAUCAGUGAAAGCAUAUCCUUGUAAAAUCCGUGCAUAAUUUCUAUUUCAUUCAAUAAGUUGGAAAGAAAGAAAGAAAAGCUUAUGUGUAAUUCUUUUGUUGUGAUAUUUACAUAUUGGAUUAGACUGUAAUUUAUGUGAUUAUGAGAGAUUUUGAGAAAACAUGUAAGGAAGAAGUUACAUGAAUCUGAGAAGGUCGAAGUUGUGUUUAUAA